UGAUUUACUACAUGACUAGGCGUACCACAAUGGCGUACCGGCUCAACAUUUAGUCAGUGUAAGUGGCCGCCACCGGCAUUGUAGCGUUCAUUCUGCUUCCUACCGGGGAACAAUCGGACGCAGAUACGGCCGGCCAUUUCGCGGUAAGGUGCAGGCGAUGUUCGGGCGGUGCGAGCUGCCGGCCGGGUCAACUUGCACAAUGCGUGACCAGCGCUGGGAUGUUCACGUGUAGACGGUGCUGUGAAUUUAUUACACGAGAUCGAGAGCGAGAGAGCACGCGGGAGAGAGAGAGAGAGAGAGAGAAUUUAAGGUGAUCACGGUGGCUGUUUCAGCAACACGGUAAACUGGAUACAUAAGGAUGAGAGUGGUACUGGAGUUCCACAGCAUCAUCUACGCGACCACUCCGAGUAGUAAUUCACACACUUCGAGCGAGCUCCGAUUCCGUCAAGGAUUUCUGUUCUGAUUACUGACUGUUGUUGUGUGUGGCAUGACCACCGACCGAUUCCUCAAGUGUGUCUAAUUUUGUGUCAGUUGGGAUGCGAAUUCUGGGUGUCAAGUGAAGCUUACAGCGGAAGGUUAUGUGUUGUGCGACCAGCGAUUCUUCAGAAGUGAAUAAUUUUGUGUCAGUCGUGACGGGCAAUCGUCUGUAAGAGGUCCUCGUAAUCAGAUACUUGGAUGCGUUAGUAAGAACCGCAUUAUAGUAGGAAAAGAUCAAGAGCAUUGCAGUGCCACAGCAGAAAGUACCCUCUUGGUGUCUGCAGCUAAGACGAGGAGGUGUGCCUAAGCCUAGUUUAGCACCCCCAGAUUAGCUUAGCAUAUAUAUAUAUUAUAUGCGGCGAAAACAUAUUGCGGGGGUGCCAAACUAUCCUUGAUUCGAGGAGGUAAAGCCAACGCACACGAUGCUGAGAGAAGAAGGGCAGGAGUACUCCCGCCUCUAUUCCAGCUUUAGGGACAACGAGCGAAUACAGCAUGUCCGGCGCAGGCCGUAUGAGAAAGCCGCGAUGCCUAAGAAGCAACGGAGCCGACUGCUGUGCUGCUUUGGCGGCUACCGGCCCCCGGAGAUCAUCGUCGGCAGUCCUGACAGCAGCCGACCCAUCAUGAUGCAGCCGAUCGAUCCGAGCCUGCCCAUGCCCAACGAAGAGGAGCUGGACGCGAAAUUCGCCGAACUGGUGGAUGAGCUGGAUCUGACGGCACAGCACCGGGAAGCGAUGUUCAACUUGUCGCCCGAGAAGAAGUGGCAGAUCUACUGCACAAAGAAACGGGAACAGGAUGAUCCCAGUACCAAAAACUGGCCAGAUUACUACAUCGAGCGAGUCAAUUCCUUGGCCGUGUUGCUGUUUCCACGUGAUGAGGAGGAGGUGCGUGUAAGGACGCAGCUGGUGGACAGCCUGAAGACAGCUCUGAGAACACAGCCGAUGAGCUUUGUGAUGAGGUUUAUAGAUUUAGAUGGACUGAACUGCCUGCUGCACUUCCUUAAGGAGAUGGAUUAUGAGACAGAACAGAGUGCCAUUCAUACGUCUGUCAUCGGCUGUAUCAAAGCUCUGAUGAACAAUUCGCAAGGCCGGGCGAGCGUGCUCUCCCACCCCGACAGCAUCAACAUCAUCGCGCAGAGUCUGAGCACGGAGAACGUGAAGACGAAGACUGCGGUGCUGGAGAUACUGGGUGCAGUGUGCCUUGUGCCCGGCGGCCACAGGAAGGUGCUCGACGCCAUGCAGCACUACCGCAUAUACGCCUGCGAGCGGACACGGUUUCAGACAUUAGUGAAUGACCUGGACAAAAGUACUGGAAUAUACAGGGAGGAAGUUGGGUUGAAAACCACAAUCAUGUCAUUUAUCAAUGCUGCCAUAAACUACGGUCCAGGCCAGGACCAUCUAGAGUUUCGUGUUCAUCUACGGUAUGAGUUUCUUAUGUUAGGAAUACGACCUGUCCUAGACAAACUACACACGCACGAAAAUGCAACUCUGGACAGGCACAUCGAUUUCUUCGAGAUGGUGAGGAACGAGGAUGAGAAGGAGCUGGCGAAGCGCUUCAACAAGGUGCACAUCGACACGAAGAGUGCCACCAGCAUGUUUGACGUGCUAAAGAAGAAGCUUUCGCACACCGAGGCCUACCCUCACUUCCUCUCCCUCCUGGAGCAUUCUCUCCUGCUGCCAUUGGACGUUGGCACUUGUCCGCAACACUGGCAGUUGUUCGAUCGCAUUGUGCAGCAAAUAGUGUUGCAGAAUGACAAUCGGGAGAAUCCGGAUGUGGAGCCAAUCACAAUUAAUGUGAAGGAAAUCGUACAGAUGCUUGCAUCGGAAGAUGAGAUUAGGACAGCUAAAGAGAAAGCUGAGACGAUGGAGAAGGAGAAUCAGGAGAUGGUGGAACUGCUGUCAAAGAAGGACAAGGAGCUGGAGGAUGCCAUCAUGCAGAAGGAAGACAUAGGUCAGUCUUUAGACAAGGUUAAGUCUAAGCUAGAAAAGGAAUCGUUGGGCCACAUGGAGACGCAGCAGCAGCUGGCCGAGUUGCACGCACGCAUGGGAGAUCUACGCGCCGGGGGAAGUGUACCUAUAGCAGGAGCAUUAUCAAAUGGACCGGCCACGGGCCCUGCUCCACCCCCGCCCCCACCUGCACCGGGAGGGCCAGCCUCUCCCCAACCCCCAGGUGCACCGCCACCACCAUCGGCACCAAGAGCGCCGGGACCACCACCCCCUCCAGGAGCACCAUCUACACCAUCAGUCUACAUAAAGAAGAAGAACAUUCCAAAGCCUAGUGCUCCACUCAAGUCCUUCAACUGGGCUAAACUGCCUGAUAAUAAGCUCAGUGGCACAAUCUGGACUGAGAUGGAUGAUGAGAAGCUGUAUAAAGUGAUGGACCUUGUUGACUUUGAGAGAACAUUCUCAGCAUAUCAGAAGACAUCGGCUGAUGAUUUGCACGAGGAUUCCAACGAGGAUCUGAAGGCGUCGAUGAAGAAGCGAGAGUUGUCGGUGAUCGAUGGCCGCCGCGCGCAGAACUGCACCAUCUUGCUGUCGAAGCUGAAGAUGAGCAACAGCGAGAUCGUGAGGGCGCUGCGCAGCAUGGACGAGCGCGACGAGAUCCCGCAGGACCUCUGCGAACAGAUGUUGAAGUAUGUGCCCAUGCCGGAGGAGAAGGCGAUGCUGGACGAGCACAGUCACGAGAUCGACAGCAUGGCGCGGGCCGACCGCUACCUGUACGAGAUGAGCCGCAUCACGCACUACGAGGAGCGCCUCAAGGCCAUCUGCUUCAGGAAGAAGUUCGUGGAGAGAAUCGCCGACAUCAAACCGAAAGUGGACAAUGUCAACAAAGCCUCCAAGGAGGUGUACCGCAGUAAGCGGCUGCGCAAGUUACUGGAGAUCAUACUCGCAUUUGGAAACUUCAUGAACCGAGGUCAGCGGGGUAAUGCCAUGGGCUUUAAACUGGCCAGUAUUAACAAGAUAGUCGACACAAAGGCCAGCACUGACAAGAACAUUACGCUUCUGCAUUACUUGAUAGAGACAUUAGAACGGAAGUUUCCAGAUGUAAUGAAAAUCCACAGUGAUUUGGAGCAUGUCAGACAGGCAUCAAAAGUCAACCUAACUGAACUGGAGAAGGACCUGCACAUAUUGCGCAUCGGAUUCAAGGACCUGGAGAAGGAGCUGGACUUCCACCGGAACCGGCCAAGGGAACACGGCGACAAGUUCCUUCCUGUUGUAUCCGAGUUCAUCAAGGUCGUGGCUUUCAACCUGUCAGAUCUAGAGGAUGCCUGCCAGGAUAUGAAGCAGUGGUAUGAAAGAGUAUGCAAACUAUUUGGUGAGAGUUCCAAGUCCAUGCAGCCAGAUGAACUCUUUGGUAUCUUCGACCAGUUUCUUGUCUCUGCUUCUGAUGCGAAGGUGGACAUGGAUACCUAUAAAAAGAAACAGGCUGAGGAGGAGAAACGGUUAAAACAGGAAAAUGAGAGACGACUGAAGAUAGAGCACGAGCGGAAGAAGAAGCUGGACAAGGAGAAAGAGCUGAAUAAGAACAUUAAGCCAAAGAACGGCAAGAUAGUGAACGGCGUCGACAGCAAGGAGAAGAAUCCGGGCGAGUUUGACGACCUCAUCUCGGCGUUACGGACUGGCGACGUUUUCGGCGACGAAAUGUCGAAGUUGUCGCUGAAGCGGCGAACGAAGCGAAACGUUCCGAACGGAGUGCCCGGCAACGUGAACCGCGAACGCACGGGGUUCAACAGGAAAUAGUGACGGACGCUUCCAACCGCGGUUGUGCAAGGAAAGCAUUGCACAUCUUACCAGGAUGCUGUGAAAGGGAAAAGUUGAUGGACAAAUCCAAUAUCUGGUGUCACGCUCUUGUGCACAGCAGUCAUGGAGCGGUGUGAAAGUGCUUUCGUGUGUACUCUGCAUGUUCUCCAACAGAGGUAUCUGUUCAAUAAGCACUGUCUGGCCUGUAACUCGAUGUCAUGCGGGUACAAAGGAAAUCUCGUCUGCAGUCAUCUUUCAUGUUCUGGUGUACUACAUUGAGGAGUAAUUGUGGCUGUAAAUGUUCAUGAUGAGCGCCUAGCAAGGCCGGUGAAACCUGGUAAGCCACCUAAGGAAUCCCUGAGAAUUUGCCUUUAAUACCACAUACGCCAGUGACCAUUAUCGACACAAGAGUGACAGAGUUGGCAAUCGGGAAUUUUCUGAAAGCUUCCGUGGCCGUUAUAUCGCAACUGCUGCCACAGUUGCUGAGAGCAACAACCACUUGGUCACCAUCACAUGUUAAGUACCAUAUUGUAAUGCUACUGAGUGAAUAUGUCAUUUACACUGUGGCACAGCAGUUCAAUUAUUGUUGAACGUUUGUUGUUCCCGUCAGUGUAGGGUGUCAAUCUAUUUAGAAAUUUAAUGUUUCAACCGGUGAUGUAAAGGCACAUUGUUAUAACAUUGUCAUGUUAAGCUCAUAUACCCAAUAAUACAUAGAAAUAACAAGCAAUCAUACAAAAGAAAUUUAAUCAUUAAAACUGAGGAAAUAGGAAGAAGGAACAAGGACUGGAAAAGGAGAUACAACAGUAAAUUACAGUAGCUACCGUAGUAGUUUUUACAAAGGUUUCUCUUCAAUUUCUUGAAAUUUGAUAUUCAAAACUAAAUUCCUAUGCUGUAAUUUUUCCAUAGUUUAUAGAUUGAAUUUCAACUUUAGAUAACCUUCCUGGCAAUGAGAAUUGCCUCCCGCACCCCCGCACAUUCAUGUAGGUGCUACCACUAUACAGCACAACGUAAUCCAUGAUAUCAGAUUCGAUUCGGUCUGUACUAGAAUUCUCAAAGAAUGCUCAUGAUUAGGGAAAUGGUUUAUAAAUGUAAUGGAAUUGAAUGUGCAUGUAAUGGUGCCAUCUCAUGGCACUAUGCAAUAUUGGCAACAGGUGCAGAAGGUAAUCCCACCAAUCAAUAACCUACCAUGCAGAUGCAAUAUAGGUGUGAUGGAAGCUCCACAUUUUUCUGGUAAAAGUUUCAUUGUUUGUAAGGUAGAAUCGGUUUUGUGCAAUAUGUGAAACAUUUUAUGUUUAGAAUCAAAAUUUUAUUUGUUUGUACUGAAAUUUAAAACAAAAAGUAAUAUGUGCAAUUCGCAAACAAACAAAUUACUUUGUUUUGCACAUCUUACAUUUUGUUCACCUUAUAUUAAUGUCCAGUUUAUAGUAUGCUAGGUGGAAAAUGUACAAUCUGUACAACUACUACGUAUAAGUAGUAAACAAGUAUAUGAAUUAGCUCUUUUAAGUUAAUCUGUCUGUGUUUUAAAGCAAAUUUUAUGUAGAAACAUUCGGAUAAAAUCUUGCUGGAGCAAGCCAAACUUUUUUAUGUUAAGUUUUAGUAAAUUAUGUAAGGAUUUAUUUAUUUCUAUGCUCAAUUUUGUACAUGCUGUUUCUUGCUUUUAUGUGAGCGCUUUGUAAUAUAGAUUGUGUGUACAGUUUGUGACGAAUGGAAAGUAGAGAACGCUGUAGUAUAAAGUUAAAAUGAAAACACGCUAGUAAUUAUUAAUCCUACGUUAUUCAGUAAUGCAGAGCAAAACGAAGUCGAUAUUGAUAUGAAUGCGAUGUAAUAUAAUAGAUUUUAUUGGUAUGAUUGGAUACAAGUGUAAACUGUGUAGAUGAUAGCAAUUAAUUAAAAGAUGGCAAGAUUUCAAAUCUCGUUUAAGUGUACAAAAAAUAAUCUUGCUAUUCCGUGACAUAUCCACUCAGAUUGCAAAGUUAUUCAGCCUGAAUGUGGUUGUAAUUUUAUUUUUGCUGCUACCAUACAAAAUUGUGUCGAUUGCCAGAAAUCAGUAGUUGCAACAUUUCUUAUCAGAAUUUCAAGCUGUAUAAUCCAGUAGUAACUUCCACGUUAAUGUUUGUUCUUAAAUCUUGAUGCCCUUCUUUGUUGUAAAACCUGUGGUAUUUGUAUUAUAUAGUACAUGUACCAUUUUAAA